AUGGACCGGCAUGGGAGUGUCGGUCAAAGGCUUUCUGAUGGUCAAGAAAACGACGUCGUUUUCCCAACGCUACCGGUGCAGUCCACCCCACUCCCCCCCCUCCCCUCUCUUUGCUUCUGUCCCUGCCGUCCCUCACCCUCAAGAACCCUGGUUUUUAAUCGUCCGUCGGCGAAAUUGGGUAAUUUGGAUCUCUUGUUCGAUGGGAAUAGACGUCAGCUGGGGCUAGGCCGGAAUAGAGCUCUUGCGCGCCGCCGUGUAAUUACGGCUGUGGCUCGGGCGGAGUCGGAGCAUCUUGGCGAUGACAAUGCCGAUCAGGAAGUCCACAAAGGCCGUAAAUUGUCAUCAAACGAGGAUGUGGUCUCAGAGCAUCAACAGAAAGCAAGUCAGUUGAAGAAAAGAAUUGUCUUUGGAUUUGGUAUUGGGUUAUCUGUUGCCGUUGUUGUGUUGGCUGGAGGAUGGGUAUUCACAGCCGCUGUGGCAGCAGCUGUUUUUAUUGGUGCACGUGAGUACUUUGAAUUGGUUAGGAGUCGUGGGCUUUCUGAAGGAAUGACACCUCCACCUCGAUAUGUAUCACGAGUUUGCUCUGUAAUUUGUGCUCUCAUGCCCCUAGUAACCUUGUAUCGCGGUCAGAUUGAUGUUUCAGUGACCUCUGCUUCCUUUUUUGUUGCUAUAGCAUUGCUUUUACAGAGAGGAAAUCCUCGCUUUGCACAGCUUAGCAGCACUAUGUUUGGGCUAUUUUAUUGUGGUUAUCUUCCUUGUUUUUGGGUUAAGCUUCGAUGUGGUCUAGCAGCACCAGCCUUGCACACUAGAAUUGAUGCAGCAUGGCCCAUACUUCUUGGUGGACAAGCGCAUUGGACUGUUGGUCUUGUGGCAACCUUGAUUUCUUUCAGUAGCAUUAUUGCAGCCGACACUUAUGCCUUUGUGGGUGGCAAGGCAUUUGGUAGGACGCCCCUGACUAGUGUUAGUCCAAAGAAGACGUGGGAAGGAGCUAUUGUAGGCCUGGGUGGUUGUAUAGCCACUUCUGUUGUGUUAUCGAGGAUUUUUUGCUGGCCAAAAUCUUUGCUAAGUGCUAUAGCUUUUGGGCUUCUCAAUUUUUUUGCGUCUGUCUUUGGUGAUCUUACCGAAUCAAUGAUACGUGAUGCGGGUGUUAAGGACUCCGGAUCACUAAUACCGGGACAUGGUGGAAUACUAGAUAGAAUGGACAGUUGCAUGUUCACAGGUGCACUUGCAUACUCCUUUGUCAAAACCUUCUUGCCAAUGUAUGGGGUUUGAUAGAAAUAUUGUCAUCGCUGAUCGAGAUGUAUAAAGAAACUAUACAAAGCAAAACUAAGGUUUAAGAGUUCUGGUUAGCAUCUAUGUUCUAAUCUGCUAGCUUGUUGGAGUGAUGAUUGAGGAUUCCUUUCCUUUAUUUAUCCCAGAGACGGAGCUUGAGAUUUUCUAAGUCUUAAUUUUAUUCUGAUCUAGAUGCGCUAAAAUGAUGUUUCUCGUCACUUGUAAGAGACUUGAGGUUACAUUUUCCUGAUGUCACCGGGUCCUCAUAAUCCUCGUCAUACUGCAUGCUCUGAGGAGUCGCUGUUUCUUGAGUUACACAACAUUGCCUGUACUUCAAUCUAGGUACCUAGUGUCAGUGAUAACAUGAAUCCUUGUUGAUUUUUUUGUAUAUUUAUGUCGAAUAAGGCCCAUUGUGAUGAUAGAUAAAACAGGGGGGAUUAUUCUCGUGGUUUUAUUUUUUUCGUGUGUAUUGUUGUAGUGAAAGAUAAGAUAAGCUGCAUCAUCUUUAGCAA